AUGAAAAGGUGCCUGAGUCCAGCUCGUCUGCCGUGCCUGGACCGCGGAUCUUCCUCCGUCCUCCACCCUUCGAUCCUCCGUCGUCUCGUCCCCCGACACACACUCGCGUCCGCAAGCCGGGGACCUUUCCCCGAUAGGCGACGACAAUGGAGUCGCCAAUUCUCCGUCGGGGCCGGUCCUCCGAUCAAUCGCCAAUUGUUGCAAGACUAUGUUAGGGUGGAAAAGAAGAGAUGUCCUAUCGCAGGACCAGAUCAGAGUAAUCCGGAGGCUUGGAUCGCAAGGCUGGAUCAGUACCUGCCAUCUUCGUUGCGGAGAGAUAGCGACGGUGGUCAUACAAACAUUAACGAUGUUUCGGAUGACGAUGUGGUUCGGACCGACACAGCAGUUUAUUUUGCGCAGACGAUUGAAUUGGCUAAUCUACUGUUGCAUGCGCGGGAUUCCGGGAAGAUUGAUUUGCUGGCGUAUGUUGGUUUUCGGUUGAAUAAUUGGCCCGCUGUGCAGUUCUUGAUUAAUCGUUUGCUUGAUGCUGCGGACUCUCUUAAGGAGGUCACGAUACCUUCUAGACCUUUGUCUAGCUAUGAUUGGGGUCUGGGACAGGGGCUCUCGCUGGAUGAGCUGACGGAUAGGUCUGAGUCGCAGGCUCCGAAAAUACCGCAGGCGGCUUCGAACGCCCUGCCGGUGUCGGGUAUGACGAGCUUGGAUGCUUUUACGGAGCGGCCGUAUGCGGAUGACCAUUCGAAACGAUUUAUGGCUGAGGUGUGGCAGAGCUUAGGGUCUAUCGUGCUGGAGGCUGCUGAUGCUUCGCCUAACGAGUCGAAGCUGGCUAUGUCUCAUGUAUUCCAGAUUCUAGCUCGGCUGCACCACUCUGAUGCUAUCUCCGAUAGGGUGUAUAAGUACGUCCCGCCGGAUAGUUAUCAAGCUACCUUCCGACCUCCGGGAAUGCAUCUGCUUUCCAGUCAUAUCAUGAGUGUCCUGUCUGACGCUGCGUGGCUGGUUCAUGAAGCGGAGGUUGCUGCUAAAGCGGCUGCUGCUGGCGAGGAUUCGCCUUAUCUUCCGUUCAAAAUGGGGGUUCGUGAGCUUGGGCCGGAGAUUUGGCUGGAGUUUAUCCUCUGGUGCUGUGUCGAACAUGGUCACAUCGAGGAGGGAGUAUGGCUAAUUGAUCGAAUGACAAGCAAGGCAGGAGAUCAGGCCUGGAAGUUUCAGAGCUGGAAGCCCUUACUCGAUGACUCUGGGUCGGUCUGGCAGACUAAAGUCGACCAGGAAGAGACUUGGCGACAGCCCGGCCACCAGGAGCGCUCUACGAUGCUGCGAAAGCGGCAUAAUCCGACGCCUUUCCACGGGCUCGGAAAGCGAACCAUGAGUACUGAAGUGGCCGCGGCCUUGUUGGAUAGCCUUCCCAAUCAGGUAUAUCUAGGCCUUGGUUUCAGAGGUAUGUCGCCGAGCGCCCUCUUGCGCUAUGCUUCCAGUCUCAAGUUCGCGAUUGCUCCGUCAACGGACGACGGCAAGUUACUGCCCACGCGCAGAACAUCGAACUGGUUCACCGUGCGGGUUGUGGAAUCAGGAGGCCUCAAACCGGAAGCCGACCCCCGGAUAUUUGAAGACUUCCUCAGGAUUACGCCGUGUGUCGUUCCGCCCUGGGAUACCGACCUCCACCACAUCAAUGAAGAUGCGUUGACGCGAAUGAGUCGGUCACAGCUAUACGAUGACACAGCUGCCUUGGUCGGUCUGAUUGAGUACAACAUCCGGUUCUAUUCGUCGAAGCGUUUCUGCGGUGACGCCCUGAACGCAUUCUCCUGGCUGCAAGCCAUCGUUGACAGCAGCAAGAUGCAGCGCAUCGACGAAUUCUUCUCUUCGCGCGUUGAUCGACCUGGCGUCGUCCUCCCUACCCUCGACCUUGACGAUUUGAAUUCCGCCGAACCCUUCGAAUCAUCCAUGCCGCAACUGUCCAGCGUCACCCUGGCCGAGCUGAUCGACCUAAUCACCGUAUCGCGCGCCUUCACAUUCGGUAACUGGCUCUUUUAUUCCGACGACAUCGAUGGCCCCCCAGUCCCUCCCCGCUCUUACGGCGACCAAGCCCUAGCUCCGUCCAUUAUCCGCUACGCUACAGCAACCCGGAACGCUGCCCUCUGCGACGCAGUCGUCCAAUCCCUCUCCCAACCUCUCUCCUCCAACACCCUCCGCGCACUCCUCAACUCCCGCAUCGCCCUACACCAAUGGGACGCAGUCACCAAACUUUUCGAAUACCUCCGCGACUACCGCGCCAAAUCCUGGGGCCAGAGCAACGCCACCGCGCUCGCCGCAGAGAUCAUCCGUCUCGAGCACACCAUCUACCGACAACAACCACCCCCUGACCCCUCAACCCUCCAAGAAACCACCACCUCCCUCACCCGCGCCAAGGACCUCCUCUCACGCCUCCUCACGGGGGUCUACAACGAACCCACCCACAUCGCCACCUCCCGCUUCCAAGAACGCGCCAUCUCCGGCCUCCACAACAUCUUCCUCUCCAUCCCAGGCACCCUCCACGACCUCGCCGCCUCCCUCUCCAACUCCCUCCCCCACAACAAACCCACCACCACCACCACCACCAACAAUCCCUCCCGCAACGCCAUUCCCUACAUCCCCACAACAGCCUUCCACACCCUCCUCUCCGCAAUAGUCGACACCCGCGGCAGCGCCGCCGGCCAACGCUUCUACGACAAAUGGUGUCUCGACACGAAGUCCCCCACCUCGCGCCGUCUCCAGGAAGGAGGUAUCGAGAGAUUCUAUCUCGGCAAGGAGCGGAACCCGGCCAAGGGCGAUCCGCACUUCGAUGCCAAGUACUUCAAGCGAGCCAGGGAGAAAGCCACGAUGCCGAAUCCCAUGACGGUGAGGAUUAUUGCGCAGGCUGCUGUGGCGGAGUUUCAUCAGUUUGAUAGCGAGAAGCAGAAUGGGGUGGUGAAGAAUAAUCCUGCCGAAGAGGUUCUGGAUUUCUGUAUCAAGAGGUUCGAGGCCUUUGGGAUGCGGAGACAUGAGAUUAAUCGCGAGGUUGGGGGGAUUGUGUAUAGGAGACGGAGGGAGGGGGGCAAGUUGAGGAGGGAGAUGGAGAGGAAGGAGAAGGAGAAGGAGAAGGUAGAUGCUGUGGCUGUGGCUGUUUGA